AGUGUCAGUCAAGUUUUAUUAUACAUUUUGUAUCUAGUAUCUAAACAAACACAGUGAAUGUAAUUCUGUUAAUUUCUGUUUGGGUAUUAUAGUUAAAACAUAACAGUAGGUAUUGUAGGAGAGACAAGUAUUUUUAACAGUUUAAACUUUGCGACCAGAUUACAAUUAAACAUAUUAAUAUGAAAAUUGAAGAGUUAGUGGAGUAAUAAUAAAUCAUUUUCGUCAUGGAUAAGCUAACAGUAAUUUCAGGCACACUUUUUAUGGCAGCUGAUGUUUUUGCUAUAGUCAGUCUCGCCAUGCCAGAUUGGAUUAUCACUGAAGUUGGAGGUGAUACUCGUCUGGGCUUAAUGUGGUCCUGCAUAACACUUUACAAUCGUCCCCAAGUUUGCUAUACACCUGACCUACAACCAGAAUGGCUCCUUGCACUCAUAUGUAUAUUUAUUGGAUGCAUUUGUAUUACAACUACUGUCAUACUUCUAGCAUCAAGCCAUUUUGACAGAAAUGUAAUACCAUAUGCAAGAUGGGUGGGCUUUGCUGCAAUGGUGGUGUUUUGCCUAGCAGCAGUGAUUUUCCCAAUGGGAUUCCAUGUUGAUGAGAUUGGAGGGCAGCCUUACCAGCUACCAAACAGCCACCAAGUGGGCAUAUCAUACAUCUUGUUUGUCCUGUCUCUUUGGAUAACUGUGAUAUCAGAGCUAUUUGCCGGAAAAGUGUGUUUGCCUCAUUUUUAAAUGUGUGUAAUGCCCCUAUAAAUAAUUCUAUGUGAUUAUGUUUGCCUAUUUUAUGUUGUUUAAAGUAAGAAUAAAGUAUAUAAUUGUUUUUCCAAGAAAUGCUUAUUGUGUUGU